AAUAUGCUCAACAUAAAAAUCAUAUACAAAACUAAAAUUCAUAAAUUACCUCCUAGUGUAGAGUCAUAUCAAGACAUUAUUUAUUCAAUUAAAAAAUUGUACCCAAAUCUAAAUUAGCCUUACUUAUUUGCAAUAAUUCCUUGUAAAAUUUAUUUAAGUUAAUCUAUAAAGAUAUUGAAGAGAUAGAAGAAAUAAAUUGUGAGUCUGAUUUCUCUUUCCUAAAGAAAAUAUAUUCACAAGAAGGUUUGACAACUGUUAAGUUACUUGUUUCAGAGGAUAGAAAUUAAAAUAAUUUCAAUAUUGAAUCAUUAAAUAUGUUAAAUCAAAGCAUUUCAAUUACUAAUAGAUCUAGAGUUGAAUAAAAUAAAAUAUAAUAAUAAAGCAAUCAAAGGUAAAUAAAUCUAUUAAAUAUUAGAAUAAAAAUUUAAGAACAAGAAUAAUGUAAAUUUGAUUAUUCGAAAGACGAAGAUCUUAAAUAAGUUGUAACUAACAUUUUAGAUUAACAAUUAAGACAUUAUGGAUUGAUAAAAAAAAAAGCAUAAAUUGUAAUUUAAGAAUAAUUAUACUCUAAUGAAGAUUUAAAUGGAUAAAUAUCAUAACAUUUUGAUUUAACUAAUAUUAAUUAGUAAUAAUAAAUUUAUAAUAAAAGAUAAGAAGCUUAAAGAACGUAAUUUAGAGAGAUGCAUAAGGAUUGUUGAAAUUAUUCACUUUUAAUUUAUUUUUCAUUAUAUAUAUUAAAUAAAUUAAAAAAGAUUUAAAAAUGGUAUUAAUACAUCUCUAUUGAAUUUAGGGAGCCCAUAAAUCAUUAAGAAUGAAGAAAAGAUUAAUAAAGGCUAACAAAUAAAAUAGACCGUUACCUAAUUGGUUCAGAUAUAGAACAGACAAUACAAUAAGGUAUUUUUGCGAUAAACAAUAAAUAAAGGUAUAAUUCAAAGAGAAGACAUUGGAGAAGAACUAAGCUUAACAUAAAUUGA